AGCAGAGUUCCGUUCAAGCUCUGCGAUACCCAUUUCACCUCCACACCCUUUACACCCAACAGAUAACCCACGUUCACAGAUACAGCUUACACGAAAUGCUCAACUUUGAAGAUGUCGAGGAGAGAGAUGGCGUACGCUUAUCUUGGAACGUUUGGCCAUCAUCUCGCAUUGACGCGACGCGCACUGUGGUUCCCAUUUCUGCGUUGUAUACUCCAUUGAAGCAGAGAGAGGAUCUCCCCCCCGUCCUAUACGAACCCGUCACUUGCAAACCGCCGUGUCGCGCCAUUCUUAACCCUUACUGCCAGAUUGAUAUCAGAGGCAAGCUAUGGAUAUGCCCUUUCUGUCUAUCCCGCAACGCUUUCCCACCCCACUACAAAGACAUUUCUAACACCAAUCUGCCUGCGGAGCUACUGCCCAAAUACACUACCAUCGAGUACACUCUUUCUAGGCCAGCUCAAGUCCCGCCUAUCUUUUUAUUCGUCGUCGACACCUGCUUGGACGAAGAAGACUUGAAAGCUCUGCGAGAUGCGUUGGUAGUCAGCUUGAGUCUGAUCCCUCCCUAUGCUCUCGUUGGUCUCAUUACCUUUGGGACGAUGACUCAAGUUCAUGAACUUGGAUAUGCGGAGUGCAGCAAGUCUUAUGUAUUCCGUGGAGGCAAGGAAUAUGCACCCAAGCAAAUUCAAGAUAUGCUUGGGCUUAGUGCGACUACUCGCGCUGCACCUCGCCCUGGUCAACCAAUGCCGCAACAGACAUUCGGAGCCGCACGUUUCCUUCUGCCAGUACAACAAUGUGAAUUCCAAUUGACUGGCAUUCUGGAGGCAUUGGCUCGCGACCCCUGGCCUGUCGCAAAUGACAAACGUGCGCUACGUUGCACUGGCGUAGCUCUCAGCGUCGCCGUUGGGUUACUCGAGACUACUUUCCCGAACACAGGUGCCCGCAUCAUGCUGUUCGCUGGAGGACCGGCGACUGAAGGACCGGGAAUGGUUGUAAGCAAUGAGCUGAAGGAGCCAAUACGAUCACAUCAUGACAUUGAGCGGGACAGCGUUAAACACUUCAAACGUGCAGCCAAAUUCUACGAAGGUCUGGCCAAAAGAGCGUCGAACAACGGACAUGCAGUCGAUCUGUUUGCCGGAUGUUUAGAUCAGGUGGGCUUGCUGGAAAUGAAGUCUCUUCCAAAUUCGACGAAUGGGGUUAUUGUGUUGUCGGACUCUUUUGCUACAUCCAUCUUCAAGCAGAGCUUCCUCCGGAUAUUCAACAAGGACGAUCAGGACUUUUUACAAAUGGGCUUCAACGCCACGCUCGAUGUGCAGACAACGAAAGAGUUGAAGGUCUCGGGACUGAUCGGCCAUGCUAUCUCAGCCGGAAAGAAGUCUGCAUGCGUCGGGGAGACGGAGAUCGGAAUCGGUCAGACGUCCGCAUGGAAAAUGAAUUCAAUUACGCCACGUACUUCCGCUGCUGUGUAUUUCGAGGUGGUGACACCCGCUGGCCAGGCGUUACAGCCUGGAUCACGGGGACUCAUACAGUUCGUAACACACUACCAACACUCUUCUGGACAACAGCGACUACGGGUGACCACUAUCGCUCGGAACUUUGCAGAGGCAGGCUCGCCCAACAUUGCUUCUUCGUUCGAUCAAGAAGCAGCUGCAGUACUGAUGGCCAGGAUCGCGGUGUUCAAGGCAGAGAUUGACGACUCACCUGAUGUGCUGCGCUGGUUAGACCGUAUGCUCAUUCGUCUUUGCCAGAAGUUCGCCGAUUAUAGGAAGGAGGAUCCCGCAAGUUUCAGACUGACAGACAAUUUUAGUAUUUACCCUCAAUUCAUGUUCCAUCUGCGGCGAAGUCAGUUUUUGCAAGUUUUCAACAACAGUCCAGAUGAGACUGCAUUCUAUAGGCAUAUCCUCAACGAAGAAGACGUUAACAACUCUCUUAUCAUGAUUCAACCUACGUUGAUGUCCUACACUUUUGACGUUCCCCCUCAACCAGUACUACUGGACAGUGUUUCUAUUAAACCAGAUGUCAUCCUCUUGUUAGACACGUUUUUCCACAUUCUUAUCUUCCAUGGAGAGACGGUUGCCCAAUGGAGAAAAGCAGGCUAUCAAGAACAAGAAGGAUACGAGAACUUCAAAGAACUUUUGGAGACGCCGGUAGCUGAUGCGCAGGAUCUUCUUGUGGAUCGCUUCCCAAUUCCUCGUUAUAUUGUUUGUGAUCAGGGUGGAAGUCAAGCACGAUUCCUCCUCUCAAAACUCAAUCCGUCAACAACGCAUAUGUCGGCGACUAUGUAUGGCUCGGCCCAAGGUGCUGGAGCAGGACAAGCUAUCUUCACAGAUGAUGUCAGCUUGCAAGUUUUCAUGGAACACUUGAAACGCCUUGCUGUCGGUGCCCAAACGAAUUGAUAUGUUUCACGAUCGCCUUAGAUAUGUUUUCUGCUCUAUUCCUUUUAUUGAGAAUCAAGCUUUUCUAUUCCUUCGCUCUUCUGGUCCACUGGCAUCCUAUAUUUUUUAUAUCGUCUUUGUUGGUAUCGAUAGCUUAUGUGGCUUUGUCCAUAUUCCUAUACGCACUUUCUUGAGACGAACUGUAGCUUUCUUCCCCAUAUCCAUGAAUGCGAAGUGUUCGUUGGUUCAA